CACUCCAGGUGGAGGAGGCCUUAGCAGCAGCUAUCUUACCCUUUUGAGUCCCUAAGGAAGAACUGACAUGACUUGACUGGGACAGGAAAGCAAUAUGUGGUCAGUAAACAGUUCCAAUCUCAAGGGAAUGAGUUAAGUAUGAAUGACCUGGGCUGGGGGGAUGGCUCAGCCGUUAAGAGCACUGACUGCUCUUCCAGAGGUCCUGAGUUCAAUUCCCAGCAACCAUAUGAUGGUUCACAACCAUCUGUAAUAGGAUCCGAUGCUGUCUUCUGGUUUACCUGAAGACAGAGACGGUGUACGCAUAUACAUAAAAUAAAUAUAAAAAAAAGAACUGUUGUCUAAGAAGGUAUAAAUUGCCAGAGAGAAUAAAUAAAGUGUUUUAAAAACAAGUAUAAAUGGCUCUGGCUGGCAGUGUGGCUUCAGGUUGUCCCAGACUGCUUGUUCCAGUGUAGAAAGUUUCAGCAGCAUUUGUGGCCACAGAACAAAAUUAAGGCAUUUUUCAAAUACAUCAGUGGAAACAUCAGGUGAGUGGGUUACGGCAGAAUGGGGAAAUUUGGCAUAGGUAUCAGAUAUUCUCUGGUGACGUUUCUUAGCCUUUGGGUUGGAGGGAGCUAGUAGUCUGUCAGUACAGUCCAAACAGUUUUACCUAAUAGUCACACAUUUUAGUGUAUAUAUUGAGGACAUGGUUGCUACAAGGUAUGGUUAAACAGAAGGUUUUUAUUUUUUAUUUAUUUUGUAUUUUCCAGACAGGGUUUCUCUGUGUAGCCCUGGCUGUCCUGGAACUCUGCAGACCAAGCUGGCCUCAAACUCAGAGACCUUCCUGCCUCUGCCUCCCUAGUGCUGGGAUUAAAGAUGUGCCCAGCAGAAGGUUUUUAUUGUAGAAAUGGGGGAGAGUCUAGCCAGAGGCAUCUGGAAGAGUCCAGAGCGUGCACCGCCCCCCACACACACAGAGGGUGGGGAGGGAGGAAGAGGGAGGAGACUGAACAUGGCCAGUAGACUAGACUAGGCCUUGGGAGGAGAGAAGAACAAGAGAGAAAGAGAAAAGAGGACUGAGAAAGAGGGGCCAAAAGACGGAGCAUAGCUGAAACAUCAGGGUUAUAAGGACAAUGGGAAAGCGGGAGGAUGCCUAUGAGCUGGGGAAGUUUGGGGAAAGGGACAGGUGAGAAAAGCCAGCGUUCCUUCUAGGCUCUGCCCCACAGUUACCUGGCAACAGCCAAGUAUGCCUGACUCAGUGUUAAAGGGAUUGUUUGCCCUCUCCUCUCUUCCCUCUCUGCCCCUUUCUCCCCACUCCCCUCUCCCCACCUCUGCCUUUGUCUCUACUCCCUCAACUCCCCUCCUCAUGCCCUGAAUAAACUAUUCUAUGCUAUACCCACUGUGUGGCUGGUGCCUCAGGAGAAAGGGAUGCCUCAGCAUGGCCCGCAGAGGCACCCCCUUCCACCUCACCAUACCUUGUCUCUAUCAAACAUACCCUGGUUCUUUCUUUGUUAUAAAACACACCAAGCAUGGACUCUGAAAUGUGUAACAAUACUUGAGAUACCGAGGGAGCCUGGAGGCCAGCAUGUGCUUUGGUGUGCUAAUAGGAACCAUGGAUAGCCAUUUGUCCCUUCAGACAGCCUUAAGGAAAUGGCUCCUUUGGUAGAGGGGAACCAGCCUCACAAGUUCCAGAGGAAUGCUGGGUUUUGCCGGAAGCAGAUGUGGGCAAUGCAUGGCCAUUAGGGGGCGCGAAUGAGAGCCCACAUUUAACUCUGGACCUGUAACGCUCCAGCUCUCUGUGGUCUGGGUAUUCUGAUUGUCUAGUCAGUGUUGUGGAAUCUUUAGCUGGGUAUGAUAUUUUUCUACUGAUGAUAUUCCCUUAGUUUAUAGGAGCCACCCACUCAGGUGUAGAUUCCUCUAUCCCCAGCUCUGGAUGUUCCCAUAUGUCAGGGAAGGCUCACUCUGUGAUGCUGUCUAGGUUACCUUUCUGUUGCUGUGCUAAGAUAUCAUGACUAAGGCAACUUAUAAAAUGAAGCACUUAAUUUGGGGCUCAGGGUUAUAGACGGUAAAAGGAUCCAUGACCAUCAUGGAGGAGAGCAUAGAACAAGCAUGCAGGUAUGGCUCAGAGACAGUAAUAAAACAACCACAGGUGCGGGGGGUUGGGGGGAGCAGGGGAUCGAGCAAGCAUGGAAGCUAACUGGGAAUGUGGGUGCUUUAGAGACCACAAGUCCCACCCCCAGUGACAUACUUUCCCAACCGGAUCACACCUCAUCCUUUUCAGAUAGUUUCGUCAACUACCCAUCAAUCAUUCAAACAUGAGUCUGUGCAAGGCAUUCUUAUUCAAACCAUCACAGAGGGCCUCAGGAAUGGGAUUGGGCUAAUGGGAAUGAGGAGGGGUGUGAAAGUCUUUUCUGUCCUAUCUAGUGGCCAGCAGGGGACUUUGGGUAAAGGCAGGGGACUGGGAGAAGCAGUCGGUAGAGUUUGGGACCACUGAAUCAAAGCAGACUUGGAAUCCUAUUCUGAGAUUUCUCCAUGUGCUUCCCUAGAGGGUACUGAAGGUGGGUGUUGUUCCAAAGUUUCUGAUCUCAUAUUUCAUGCUCAACUCUACCGAACUCAUGCGUCGGUUACCAAGUCUGUGUACCUCUGGGUUAUCCCCAGGGUAGCUGGAAUAUACUUUCUGAAGCUGGGGUUUUCUGGAGAGGAGUCCUGACUCUGGCCAGUUGUGCUGAUUGACCAUUAGUGUGAGUUGACAAACCAGUUCGACAGGUCAUGACCCACAUACUUAGUUUUCAAUACAAAUAGCGAAAAGAACAGAAUAAGCCAAUUAUUGGGUGUAUGCAUGUAGUGGGUAAAUUCUUUAUGGACCGCUUCUGAGCUGGUUUUGCCACAAUAUAAAAGAGGUCUUGGGAUAAUGUGUUGCUGUCUUAAACAGUCUUAUGGUGGGUUGAAAGCUAAAAGUUUAAGCCCCUGAGAGAACACAUGGGACAGCAUAGUUCUAUGUAGAACAGCCCUGCUGUUCGACCUUCAGCCUGGAUCAUGAGGCCCCUACUGUCCCUCAUACUCAAUAGUCCUGAGUAUGGACCACAUUCCUGUAGCAGCAGCAUAUGGGAACGGCCCACAGACGCCAUUCCUCAGGCCUGCUGAAGAUCGGUUGACUCAGAAAUGCCAGGGUAGAUCAGAAAGCCUGCCUUUACCUCAUCCUUCUAUGGCUCCCUAUGUACAGACAUUUUCACACCUGAUCUAGUCAGUCUUAAGUUAUUUAAAGGCAAAGGGCCAAAACAGGAGUGAACACACACACACACACACACACACACACACGCCCCUCAAACAAUAGAAUUUUUCACUCAGCACAUGUCACAUAUAUUUAUGUGCUUUUCUCUGACAACAGUUUUGGGCUUGGACCAAUUGAUGGGUACACAUCAUCAGUGGUACCCUGCACUGUCUGUCUUCCAGUUUUUGUGAGAGCCUAAAGUCGCCUUCUAGGCAAUCGAGACAGAGUCCUUUGGGAAUCCCACUUUUCUCACCAUCGCUUCCAAGUGUCAAACCUGGGUCUAAGUGGAGAGUUCAAGUCGUCUUCUUUGUCAACGUUUCGGUCUUCAGCAGUUUUAGUAGAAAAGCCUCAUUCCCAGCCAGUGAAUCACUGAAUUCUACAGCGACAGCAAAAGCGACAGCGGCGGCUCAGUAGGAACCUUCAUGUUUGCAGACACCCAGUUUGGCAACCAAAGCCGCCAGUUUGCUGAAAGCAAAUUGGCCUGAGAUCCGCUUCCAAUCAUCAACCCCUGGAAUCUGCCAAGUUUACCAAUUCGCCAAAAUUUUAAAAAGCUAGUGUUACUAGGGUUUUUUUUUUUUUUUAAAACGAAUGUUAGCAUACUAUGAAAACAUUCCUUUUGCAUAUUUUGGGAUGAUGUAAGGUCUUAUUCUGGUCCAGGCUGACCUCUAACUUGCAGUGAUUCUCCUGCCUCAGCUUCCUAAGUGCUGGGAUGAGUCCUCACUAUGCCUGGGGAACGUGUAUGACAAACUGGAAAUAUAGCUUCUUGAUCUUUGUAUGCUAAGUAUCCAUGUGGGCAUAUGUGAAAAGAAAUAUAAUUUUGGCACAUCAUGUCUUUCGGCCCAGCCUCAUAUCUGCCUCUCCUCUCAAGGUCCAUGGGACCUCACCACACUGGUAUCCAGCCAUUCACUGUGCCUCUGGACAUGUACUCCUGUGCAUCCUGUCCUGGAAGCCCCUCUCCCUGAGUUUUCUCCCUUCUGCCAGGACCAGGCUCCACCCACUGCAUAAAGCUGGACUUAGCACUCAGAAGGCCUUAAGGAAGCCUUGGCCCCAGUGUUUUCCGCCCAGCGUUUUCUUUGUGAGUGCUGGUAGCUUCUGGCUCAGAGGCUAAUUCACAGAGCGUCUUACACGCGGACCCAGCACGCACAGAAGGCAUUAGCAAUGGCAGAGCCUGCUUUCUCAGCUCAGGGAUUGGUGGUGUUUGAAAUAGGCCGGUAGCAAUCACAACGCUUUCGAGAAUUGGCCAAUUAGCGAGGUUUGCCCAGCCGGUCUGAGUGGGGGAGGAGUCAGCACAACUUAGCUCGGGAUUGGCUGUGGCUGGGAGGGACGUCUCCAUGGCAACGUGACGCACUUUUGUGCUGAGUCUACCUGGUUACUCUGAGACGCUUCACUGCUCUGAGAUGCUUGGUGUGGUUUAGACCGAAGUGUCUGUCUGCUGAGGUCAGUGGGCAAGGUUUGAAGAGGAGAGAGAUGGAAGAGGUUCGUUCCAUUGUUACCCUGGACUCCCAAGGCUCGAAAACUUUCAGCUCCAGAGGUCUGGAGGGGCAAAGUGGUCGGUCUCCUGACACUGAGAGCCAGCAUUCCUCGAAGAGCUACACCUUCUUCUCCAGAAGGGACCAUCCAGGGGAUCUCAGAGAGGAUGAAGAGUCUGAAGGCACCACAGGAGAGGAGGAGCUGAAGGGGACCUACAUGCAUCUCGUCCAAGGGGUUCAGGAAUGGCAGGAUGGCUGUGUUUACAAAGGGGAGUUCGGACUCAACAUGAAGCUUGGACACGGCGAGUUCUCUUGGCCCACAGGCGAGAUCUACCGUGGGCAGUUUUACCGGGACCAUUACCAUGGCAUGGGUACCUACUCAUGGCCGGAUGGCUCCAGCUUCACAGGCACGUUUUAUCUCAGCCAACGAGAAGGGUACGGCACCAUGUACACGAAAGCAAAGUUGUUCCAGGGAUUAUAUAAAGAGGACCAAAGGUUUGGGCCCGGCAUCGAGACCUAUCCUGACGGUAGUCAGGAUGUUGGAAUCUGGUUCCGUGAGUACCUCCUCAAGCUGUGCACAAGGGUUCCCAGCAGCUUCUCUUUGAUAAACUACCCAGAAUUCUCGGCCUUCCUCACCAACACGAGAAAGAGAAUCAGUCUUUCAGAUGAGGAGAAGGUGGAGGUGAGUCUUUCUGAGGAGCAGGACCCUUUCUACUAUGACUAUAAGCAGUAUCUCCUGAAUGAUGACUUGAAGCUGCCUCCGGAGAUACACGUCUAUUCAACCAACAACAGUCACCUGCCCAUGACCAACGCCCUGCGCAAAGAGCUGGACAACCAGAUCUUCAUGAACGAGAUCCCUCCAUUCAUUGAGGAUGAAGAACCCUGGCUUAUAACAAAUGAGACUCCACUGUUGGUCAAAAUCCAGAAGCAAACUUACAAGUUCAGGAACAAGGAUGCUCAUGCCAAUUGGAACAUAGCUGCCAUCCUGGAGGGAAACCGCAGCAAGUUUGGGCCUAGUGGCCCCAAGGAGCAGAUUUCCAAGAAGAUGAUCAUGAAGGCUGAGGAAGGGGACUAUAACUGGAUUUUUGGAAUCUUGAGGGACAACCUUGCCUGUGCUGACGUGGCUGACUCUAAGGGUUACACUGUGCUUGCUGCUGCAGCUAUACAUUCUCAUAUCAACAUUGUGAACCUUCUCCUGGAUUACGGAGCUGACGUGAACAAGCGCUCGGAUGAGGGCAUCACACCCCUGAGCAUGUGCUUCCUCCAGUAUUACCCCAGCAAAUCCUUCCAUCCCAACAUUGCUGAGAGGACCCUGCUUCAGGAAUCUCCUAAACCCUUGGUCACCCCCAAAAUUUCAUUCUUGUUUGCGGAUCCAAACACAGACUCAUCAUAUGAUGUGGGUGCGCACAUCUUGGGUGGAGAGGAAUUAAAGACGUCUCUGCUCCCCUCAAGCAGCCCAGAGGAAUCCCUCGCCUCCAUGCCGCCCCCGGAGUCCAACAACGUGCUUCAAAAGCGAGAUGUCUCCCCAGUGAAGACUGUCAGCACUGAAGUGGAGAAAGAGACGGAGGACGUAGCAGAAAAUGUGGACGCUAGCACCUUGUACAGUGCCGACACGAACUUCGAGUCCACCAUAUGCCUGCGAAACUACUCUAUCAAUGUCUCCAGGGAUAUCCUGGAGAAGAGUGCCCAGGCCUACAGUUCGUUGGUGCAGCACUCCUGCUUCCCAUACAAAGGGACUGUGAGGAAAUUGGCCCAGACCAUGGCCGAACGCAGAAACCGUUGGAUGACCAUUAUGUUGCUGCUACGUAGAGGUGCUGAUCCUAACCUAUGCCAAGUGCCCAUGCAGGCUCUGUUUCUUGCAGUGAAGGCUGGGGAUGUGGAAGGGGUGAGGCUGCUACUGAUGAAUGGGGCCCAGACAGAUAUCCAGUAUCCUCCACAGCUGCAGUCCCUGACCCCACUCCACAUCGCAGCUUCACUCCCUGGGGAGGAGGGCGUGAAGAUCACUGAACUGCUGCUCCAUGCAGUCACUAACGUGGAUGCCAAGGCGGCGGACCAAGACUACCCAUACAAAGGUGGCAAGGGUGAUCUGCCCUCAAGCCUGAAGCUCAACAAUGAGCCAGGCCCGCCCAAGAGCUACUACUCCCCGUACACACGCAUCCCGGAGGAGGGCGGACGCACAGCUCUGCACGUGGCCUGUGAAAGAGAAGACAACAAGAAGUGUGCCAGGGAUAUCGUGCGGCUCCUUCUGUCCCAUAGAGCGAAUCCAAACACGCUGUGGAGUGGCCACUCCCCACUCUCCCUGUCCAUUGCCAGUGGGAAUGACCUGGUUGUGAAGGAGCUCCUAGCCCAGGGAGCUGACCCCAACUUGCCUCUGACCAAAGGCUUGGGCACUGCCCUGUGUGUUGUGUGUGACCUGUUCUACGAGCAACAGAGGAGCACCGACAAUAAGAUCGCCCUGAUUGACCGGCUCAUUAGCUACGGGGCGGAUGUCCUGAAACCUGUGACAAUUGUGCAAGGUGAAAGGACAGCCGUGGGCACAGCAGUUGAUUAUGGCUACUUCAAGUUCUACCAGGACCGGAAGAUCGCCCACUGUCCCUUUCAUGCUCUGAUGCCAGCAGAGCGAGAGAUAUUCAUUGCCCGGAAAAGGCUGCUAGAAUACUUGGGUUUGCAACUGCGGCUUGCCGUCCUCAACAAGGAAAGCCGGCUGGACGUUAAGGCCCUGUACCUGAGCAAGAGAGCAGAGCUGGCUCCCUGCCACAGGAUGAAGAAGAGAAGUUCCAGCCCCGCUAAAUCCCCAUCCAUGGAGAAGCAGACCCUUCCCUUUUACAAGUUUUGCUACCAGUGUGGUCGCUCCAUCGGGGUCCGCCUCUCACCCUGUCCCCGCUGCUAUGGGAUCCUGACCUGUAGCAAGUACUGCAAGACCAAGGCCUGGAUUGAGUUCCACAAAAAGGACUGCAAUGACAUCAUGGCUAUGAAGAAGGAUCUCCUAGCCCAAAGGUCCCAGGAGCCCAAGAGUGAAAAUAACCUGUGGCAUAUCAACCAGGCAUCCCAGACUGUCCAGCUCAGAAAGGAGGAGGACCAGGAAAACCAGGCAUCCAAGAAUGCCCAGUUCGAAAAGGAGGACAAGGAUAACCAGGAGUCCAAGAGUGUCCAGUUCAAAAAGGAGGACCAGGAUAACCAGGCGUCCAAGAGUAUCCAAUUCAAAGAGAGCACAGAGCAGAAGAACCAGGUGUCCAAGAGUCUCCAACUCAAAAAGAACAAGGAACAGGAUAACCAGGUGUCCAAGAGUGUCCAGCUCAAAAGGGACCCGGAACAGAAGGAGGUGUCCCUAACGAGAUCCUGCUGGACUGCCUGACAUGGCGUUCCACCUGCAGUCACCAGUGAGUACCUCCAUGCUGACCUCUCCCUACAGGGCAGCUCUACCGAGCCUCUACCUCACUCCAUGGCUAUCUAUCCUGGCCAAUCAAGGAGAAAGGACUAUACCCCUCCCUCUCCCAGGGAAACAUCUGGGCUACCUGGCACCAGGGAUUCCCAGGACUUACAAGAAAGCAGAGAGGCGAGGAUGCCGCUGCUACCCUGGGCCCAGGAGCCUCCCUCCUGGGAGCUGUGGCCCAGUAGCACAUGGGGUGGGGUCCUGUUCCUUGUGCUUAUAUAGACCCCACUGAAUGGCAACACUGCAAAAUGUAUUUGGGUAGCAGUGUAGGCCCCAAGUCUCAGUUAAAGCAGAUAUACCAUGUGGCUGAGCAGGGGGUUUGAGUCUGGGCUGAGUGAGCUUCCGAGCAAUGGAGGCAGGCGCUAUACUCCUUGAGAUGAGGGCAAACUAGCCCUGAGUAUCUUAAGUUGCUUAGAACAUUUCUGCAGAUGGGGGAUAGCUUGAGACAGACUGGUGUGUCAGGACAUCCCUGUUCCCUCCAUGGUUCCCUCGGGUACCUCUGAGGCACCCUGGAAGGAAUGAGAACUUUUCUAUGGCUAAGACAAUGACAUGUACAUUGAGGUGGGCUAGAGAGGUGGAAGGCUGGUUGGCUCUGGUGUCCUGGCCCCCUCCUCCCAUGAACUUUGGCAUGUUCAGUUAGCACAGACAGACAUCUCCCCAGGCAGGACUCGGAGAUGUUCAAUGGUUGCCACCACUCGGAAGCCCUGGGACUUUGCUCCAGGUGCAAACCCAUCUUCAAACCCCUUUCAACAAGCUCCAAUCUGUGCUCUGACGUGUACAUGCCAUGCUCACACGUACACGCACCGUCUUACCAGUUUACACAAGCGCAUGUCCGCUGUAGGUCUCCAGCCUUUAAUUCAUAUAAGGACUCAAAGAACACACAUUACCCACUGGCACCGAGUGACAGGGAGCCUCAUGGAGAAAGGACACAGUAGCUUGGCCACUAUCCUGGCUGCCCUGUACAGCAUGGGUGCCGCUGUCCUGACACCUAGGCACUCGUUGAUGCCAGAGCCCAGGUCUGGCUCCCAGUGCCCCUGCCUGAGUGUCACUAGCAGGGAUGUGGCUGGGUGAAUGUGCUCAGGGCAUGGGCCUAAGAAACCCACAGACCAACUACAGAGCACACCCAUCCUGGACCAGGAGACCUGACUACUGGGCAGGCCUUGGUGCUGUGCUGGCGGGAGCCUCUCUAACCCAGUGACAAAAAGAAAGGAAAAAAAAAAAGCGACAAGCAGCCUUUUCCCAGGCCUUCUGCAUGUGAGGACCACUGUCUUCCUGGAUACAGCAACUUAGCAUCCCCAAGGCCCUGGAAGGGAAGAUGGAGCCUUGGCAACCUUGGUAAGCCAGGUGCCCCCAGGUCUCAAGGCUGCGGGAUACCAGGCUCCAAGUGGUGCCCCGAGCCUCUCCAGUGCUGUCAAUGAAGAUUGAGAUGCGAUGAGAUGCAGCACUCAGUGGACAAGGACACCGAGGGUCUGAAUGUGCAUGUCUAUAAAAGCCCUUGACUGUCAAUGCUCCCCCAGCUCCUGCAGAGCUGCCUGGGUCAGGAAGGGGCCCAGGCGUCCUCUUGACCUGCAGUGCCAGGUCCCACUGACCCUGAGCUUAAGUUUCACCAGCCACCCAGCAUCCCCGUGGCCAGGUGACCUUUCUAAGUGGGAUAGGGGCUAGACGUGGCCGGCUAUUCCCCUGAAGUGAGGCUCUUCAUGUGGACCCUCAAGGCCAGUCUUUAUGAGCCCAUCUGAGGGGGCAAACAGUGUGGCAGCCUAGUGCGGCCUUGCCAGCUGCCACCUCACCUAUGUCACACUAGAGGAACCCCACAGUGGGUCUUCUUUGAGAACCAGAUUCACUGAGCUCCACAGUGGCACAGGGUCCUGGUCUGGUGUGUGUUGGGAUCCUGGCUGCAGAGCUUCUUCUGAGGAGAAGGUAUCAUGCAUAAACUUGAAGGCCCUGCCAGAGCCUGGUCAGCGACAUACUGGCAUCCCUUGCAGGCUUCCUGGGGAGCUGCGGGAUGGGCCUCAAUUUCUGACAUCUGUGGCCCAUGGGGUCUGGUGGGGAGUCCCCAGCGGGAAGAGGCAGGAGAGGAAGGCACAGGCUCACUUGAGGUCUCCGAUGGGUUGUAGCUAAUAGCCGCCCUUCUGGUUGGCCUCGUGAGCUUCUGGGGUGGUGCAGGAGGGUAGGGGAGGAGUGUGCAGCCAGAGGUGCCCCUGAGGUCCCUGAAAUACAUGGCUUUUGGGGACACUGGCUCGCAGCUGACCUGAUACAAAAUUAAAAGCUAGGGUGACAGGCGUGGCCAGACCCAGGAAGGCCAGAACCCCAUGCACCCUGCCCCAGCACUCAGAGCUACUGUCUCCUUAUCCUGCCCUGGGCCUCGAAGGCCAAGGGAAUUAAAUAUGGUCUGUUGCA